AUGCCUGCUGGGUAUAUACUGUACUAUAAGAAUUUAGCAGCACAAGGUACCUGUGAAUGUCUUGGUGUAUUUGACCUCAGGCAUAUAACUCCAAAGAUUGAAAAGCAGCAGAAUGCAGUUGAGGCUUUUCCAAGACUUGAACAGUUUGCAAAAGAUGUACUGAAGAUUGUUAAUUCUGAAAGAGCCCCGAAACUUAAAGACUUUGCUCAGCGCACAUCUCACAAACGAGAGCAUGCAGUCUGGUGUGAAAGGACAUGGAGUCAUGUUCUACCCACUCUAGAAUUCUGGGUGCAGGAGCUUGCCUCUCUUAGAGAGUUGCAGCAAUCUGUGAACAAGCUGUCAACCAGGCUCGCACCCUUCACGUACCGUAAGCUGGUGGGGGACGCCAAAGUCUCUCAGAUCAUUUCAGCCAUUGAUGCCUUGACCUUUGAGGGUGGCGUGUCAGAGGAGCCAGACGGCACAGAGCUUCCUUCUGGCACAGUGCUGAAGAACAUAGUGGAGCAUUUCCAGAACCUCUUUGAUGUGGAAUCUGUGAAUGGAGUGUAUCCCAGAAUGAAUGAGAUCUACAGCAAGCUUGGGGAGGUCCACAAUGUGCUUAGGUCUCUCAGAGAUCUCUUAGGACUGCCUGAAGAUGCCAAGUCCACUGCCAUAGUAGAUGCUGUGGGUAAACUGUGUCAACAGCACACCAGCACCACCUGGAGGCAGCUGAAACAACUACUGGAGGAGGAAGACCUAGAUAGUGUCCGUAAACGCCUUGAGCAGCAUGAUGAAUUCUUCCCAGUUUUCCAGGAAAUGAUGGAUAAACUCAUGGAUAUUCUAGGUGUCAGUCGUAUAGACCAGGUCAUCCCAGCUGUGAGAGCUCUGAAGUUGUUAACAGAAUGAUCAGCCAGCCACACCGACUUGUAUACAAGCAUAAUAAGAAUGAUGAUUAUAAUGGAAUGAAACUGGACAUGAAGACACAAAAUGUUCUGUACUUGACUGCUGAACUUUUGAUAACAUAUUAUCUCUCAAUCUCUCUA